GGCGGCGGGGCGGAGGCGGGGUCUAAGGAUUGUGAGUGGAGAAUCGGGAGUUUCAGGAUUCUUUAUCCGGUGUUUUAAGUGCCGCCGGGGAGCUGUCGUUUGUGCAGUGUGUGGGAGCGGCCGGGGCGGGAGGAUCGGCGGCCGCGGUGGCGCGGAGAGUAAGAAAGUUAGCCUGAGUUCUGUGAAAGACCAGAGAAGAAAAACUAAGAGGAUAGUAGACAAGUUCUUUCCAAUUUGCAUAACGUAUCUCCUGCAUCUCAUAAACUCCUAAAAGUGAAUUGUCCCCCACAAUACUACCUUAAUCUCAGAUUUCCUUCAUGGAUACAUUUCAUAGCAUUAUUAUGUGAUGUGAGAAGUUUUUUGUUUUUGUUUUUUGAAGUAACAUGGAUUUUAUACUACAGAAUCAAGAUAUUGGCUUUAUAGGAGAAAUUGAUUUAUAAAAAGUGGUACAGGUUUUUAUAGAUAACCAUGACAACAUCCCAUAUGAAUGGGCAUGUUACUGAGGAAUCAGACAACGAAGUAAAAAAUGUUGAUCUUGCAUCACCAGAGGAACAUCAGAAGCAUCGAGAGAUGGCUGUUGACUGCCCCGGAGAUUUGGGCACCAGGAUGAUGCCAGUACGUCGAAGUGCACAGUUGGAGCGUAUUCGGCAACAACAGGAAGACAUGAGGCGUAGGAGAGAGGAAGAAGGGAAAAAACAAGAACUUGACCUUAAUUCUUCCAUGAGACUUAAGAAACUAGCCCAAAUUCCUCCAAAGACUGGAAUAGAUAACCCUAUAUUUGAUACAGAGGAAGGAAUUGUCUUAGAAAGUCCUCAUUAUGCUGUGAAAAUAUUAGAAGUGGAAGACUUGUUUUCUUCACUUAAACAUAUCCAACAUACUUUGGUAGAUUCUCAGAGCCAGGAGGAUAUCUCACUGCUUUUACAACUUGUACAAAAUAAAGAUUUCCAGAAUGCAUUUAAGAUACACAAUGCUGUCACAGUACAUAUGAACAAGGCCAGUCCUCCUUUUCCUCUUAUCUCCAAUGCACAAGAUCUUGCGCAAGAGGUACAAACUGUUUUGAAGCCAGUCCACCAUAAGGAAGGACAAGAACUAACUGCUUUGCUGAGUGCCCCACAUGUUCAGGCACUUUUACUGGCCCAUGAUAAGGUUGCUGAGCAGGAAAUGCAGCUAGAACCCUUUACAGAUGAGAGAGUUUAUGAAAGCAUUGGCCAGUAUGGAGGAGAAACUGUAAAAAUAGUUCGUAUUGAAAAGGCUCGAGAUAUUCCACUGGGUGCUACAGUUCGUAAUGAAAUGGAUUCUGUCAUCAUUAGUCGGAUAGUAAAAGGAGGUGCUGCAGAGAAAAGUGGUCUGUUACAUGAAGGAGAUGAGGUUCUGGAAAUUAAUGGUAUUGAAAUUCGAGGGAAAGAUGUCAAUGAGGUUUUUGACUUAUUGUCUGAUAUGCAUGGUACGCUGACAUUUGUUCUGAUUCCCAGUCAACAGAUCAAGCCUCCUCCUGCCAAGGAAACAGUAAUCCACGUGAAAGCUCAUUUUGAUUAUGAUCCCUCAGAUGACCCUUAUGUUCCAUGUCGAGAAUUAGGGCUAUCUUUUCAAAAAGGGGAUAUACUUCAUAUCAUUAGUCAAGAAGAUCCAAAUUGGUGGCAAGCCUACAGGGAAGGGGAUGAAGAUAAUCAACCUCUAGCUGGCCUUGUUCCAGGGAAAAGUUUUCAGCAGCAAAGAGAAGCCAUGAAGCAAACCAUAGAAGAAGACAAGGAGCCAGAAAAAUCAGGAAAGCUGUGGUGUGCAAAGAAGAAUAAAAAGAAGAGGAAAAAGGUUUUAUAUAAUGCCAAUAAAAAUGAUGAUUAUGACAAUGAAGAGAUCUUAACUUACGAGGAAAUGUCACUUUAUCAUCAGCCAGCAAAUAGGAAAAGACCUAUCAUUUUGAUUGGUCCACAGAACUGUGGCCAGAAUGAAUUGCGUCAGAGGCUCAUGAACAAAGAAAAAGACCGUUUUGCAUCUGCAGUUCCUCAUACAACUCGGAGUAGGCGAGACCACGAAGUAGCUGGUAGAGAUUACCACUUUGUUUCACGGCAAGCAUUUGAGGCAGACAUAGCAGCUGGAAAGUUCAUUGAACAUGGUGAAUUUGAGAAAAAUUUGUAUGGAACCAGCAUAGAUUCAGUACGGCAAGUGAUCAACUCUGGCAAAAUCUGUCUUUUAAGUCUUCGUACACAGUCCUUGAAGACUCUCCGGAAUUCAGACUUGAAACCAUAUAUUAUCUUCAUCGCACCACCUUCACAAGAAAGACUUCGGGCACUAUUGGCCAAGGAGGGCAAGAAUCCAAAGCCUGAAGAGUUGAGAGAAAUCAUUGAAAAGACUAGAGAGAUGGAGCAGAACAAUGGCCACUACUUUGACACAGCAAUUGUGAAUUCAGAUCUUGAUAAAGCUUAUCAGGAAUUGCUUAGGUUAAUUAACAAACUUGAUACUGAACCUCAGUGGGUGCCGUCCAGUUGGCUGAGGUGAGGGAAACAUCCAUUCUGUGGUAUAAUUGGACUUGAUCUGGCAACUGCCACUAGGAAUAGAGCCCUGAUACUUGAGCAAGACCCUGAGGUGGCAGGCCGUAUAAGCUGUAGACCUGUUCUUUGAUCUCAAACUGGUGAGAAAAUCCCCUUAGGCAAUUUGUGCAUAGCAGUCUUUAUUCACUGUACAUGGCUUUAGAGGUUCUUGCCUCCUCUGGGGAUUCUAAAUGGAAGCUUUCAGCAGACCAGUUCCAUUUCAUCUAUGUAAAAACCUUUUAAUUCUAUUUUCACUUAAGUCUUUUGUCUGGUUUUUCCUUGAAAAACUUGUGUGUAUAUACACAGCAGUCCAUGUCUCACGUAGUUAAAAAUAUUGAUGCUAUUUAACAGUUAACUUAAGAACUUCAUGGGAAUGGGAGGGGGGACUGUGCUUCUGUGCACUGGGCAAGACAGUAUUUGGUUAGAAAGCUGGUUUUGUUACCAAAAAUAGUUUCCUAAAAAGUUAAAAAAAAAAAAAAGUGCCAUUUUGGUCUCAACCUACUCUGUUAGGCUUGAAUUCAUUUGUAUGUCUUUUAAUUCUAAAACAUUCCAUUAGAAUUACCAGUUUUUUAGCUCAGACUUUGUGGAUCAGAUUUCACUGCACACAACAGAUUGUGAUCUAGCUAAACUAUAGCAUAUGCUGAUCUUUUUAAUGACUUUUUGAAUUUUUUGCUCAAAUUGUCACAAGUGAUUCUAUAACCUUGUUUCCUUUCUGUGAUGUGCAUAGUACAAGAGAAUGUAGAAGUUACACUUUUAUGAAUGGCAGAUGGUCAUAUAAACCUGAUGGUUAAUUUCUUCCUCAUGAUGCAAAUAGUUUUUCAUAUACAUGAGAGGACAUAGCACCUUUGACAGUUUUGCAUUUUUAUAUAUGAACAUAGCAUAAUUUGAAGACUAUACCAUAUAUAGGUAAUAAACUGGAAUUCUGGAUGAAUAUAGCUGCUACUGUAUACUAAUAUUUAAUAAGUUGACAAAUGGUCAUUGAUAACACUUGUUCAGCAUUGGAAUAAAAUUAUAGCCAAGGGGAAAUACUCUAAUAAUUGACUUUGAGAUCACAAGGAAAGGAUGACCUGAAAGUCAUUUGAACAUUAUAGGAAAAGAACAUGGGGAGGGUCAGGGGUGAGGGGUGGUUAAGCAUACAGAAGCAGGUUUUUAUUCUAUCAACCUGCCUCUUAGAACCAGAAUGCAGUGGCUUGCUGUUUAAGCUAAUGGGAUUUUCAUUUCACUGUCUCUAUAGCUAUAGCUUUAAAAUUCAACUUCUGUAACUGGCAUGGAAAGUUCAUUUGUAGUCUUUUCAAGCCUUUAGGGAUGGUAUGAUGUGUGUCAAACGACCUCAAAUGUGAAUGUCUUGAUUUUAUUUUUAGGACUUUAGCUACAGCAUUUCCUGUUCCCAAAGCUAAACACUGGAAUAACAACAUAGAGUUGUCACUUAAUUUAACAUAAGCAAUUGUUUUUAAUGAGUAGUUUGUCCUGGUGUUGUGUAUAUAUUUGAUUUCUAUGUAAUUUUACUUGAACAAAUGUAGAUAGUUUAUGUUUUCUUUGUUCAAAUUUGCAUGGCCUUGAAGUUGGCUGCAAUGUGUGUCUUACACGGAAAUACUUUCAAGCUAACCGUUCCUUAGGAAGAAAGUAACUAUAUGUUCCUGGGUCAAGGGAAGGAAUGCCAUACAUCCUCUUUUCAGAUCUGAAACACUCCAGCUUAGGACAGAGAAAACCAAGGAAUUAUUAGCACUUAAUCUUCUGUUUUCCAGUUUGCUUUCUCCUAAGGAAUGAUGGGUAGUCUAUGGUAGACAGUGGAGUUUUAUGACAUAACUGAAAACUGUUUCUAUCCCAAGAUCUAAAAGGUUGGCAGUUUAGCUGUUGUGCCAGUUCCUGAGUUAGCAUACAGACCGUAGAGCCACACUAGGGCCCUGUGCUUUCACAAGCAAAUCCCCUACCAAGGCACGUGUGCAAGUUAUCGUACACUUUUAAGUAAUCUAAGCUGACAAGUGAUUUUAGAGGUCAGUGAAGUCCUGCGGUUCUCUCCUUAUCAGCAAUGGAAGAGGGAUAAAAAUGUUUACGUUCCAAAAUUUCCUCAGCCCUAGUGACAUGAAUGUGUUGAUACUCAACACAGUCCCUAAACAAAGUGAAAACUUAGUUGUUGCUGACUUCCUUUAAAAAAAAAAAAAAGUCUUGCUGAACACUCAGUUGUCCAACUGCUCUGGCCAGUUCCAUUUUAUGUCCUUUGUGGUUCUGAUUGGAGACCCCAGUGUGGGGGAGGUCUUACCCACUUACAGGAAUGAGAUCAAUAGCUAAUAAAAUGCACGUUAGUUCAAAUAAGGAAAUACCUUUGGUAAAUUUUCAUAAGUCAGAACAAAUGAAAAAUCGUAUUUAGGCUAAUCCAGAUUUGCUUUAUAUGGAGAGUAUGGAUUUUUUCCUUUUCUCAUGGCCUAAGGAAUAAGUAUUGAUAAGGAAUAAUUUGAAUGUAAUUUUGUGAAUGUGUAUGGAAAAUAUAAACCAGGGAUUUAGCCUUAAAAAAAGGUAACCUUUUUGACAUCUAUUGUUAAUCCUCCUUUGUACUCCUAUCUUGUAUCUGCACUCUUGAGUUGUCAUACUGCACACUGUAUUGUAAAAACGAAGUAAAAGUAUAUUUCAAAUAAAAUCACUUGAGUAUGUUCGGUGUUUA